AAAAAGGGAUUAAAAAACAAACUGAGGAUUUAUUAAAAAUCAGCGACUUAAUUUGCUUAGUAAUUGACAAGCAGGACGAGAGAGCAUUUGCUUUAAAAAAAUAUUUAAAAAAAUUUUCGGCUUCUCAGAUUUUAAUAUUUAAUCAAAAAAAUGAUGAGAAAGGAGGAAAUUCUUUUUCCUGCUCCACUCUGAAUUCACCAUAUUUUUUGGCAAUUUCGGUUCUCCGAACCACCGAUUUGGCAAAAUUAAGCCAGCAGAUAAUUUCUCUUGUGCCAAAAUCGGCUGAUGGAGAAACCAAACAUCAAAAUCAAGAGUUAAAAUUACUAAUUUUUGGACCACCCAACUCCGGCAAAUCUACUCUUAUGAACUAUCUAUUACAAGAAAAUCGCUCCUUGGCUACUCCGAUUGCUGGCACUACCCGAGAGCCG